AUGUAUACAGUCAGAACAGCGCAUGAUGACAGUGAGCCCACUGUGGCUACCCCUCUAAUUCAGCACCAAAUUCAUGGAAUAUCCCAGCAGAAAUGGAGGGAGAUUUCUGAUACUCGUGCCCUGGUUAUCUGUGCUAUAUUUAUUUGCAUUGUUGAUUUUGCCUCUUAUAUGCAGCUUGCGCCUACCAAUCAGCUCCUGGAACUUUUCGUUUGUCGAUCCUAUUACAGCUCUGUUCGCCCUGGUAUGAUUCCUCAAGAUGGCAGUGAUCUAGGAGAAGCUUGCAAGAUCUAUGAAAUUCAGAGCGAAGUUGCCAUUUGGAAGGGCUGGCUAGGGCUUGCACAAGCUGCCCCAGGAACUUUGGCGCAGUACUCCGGUCGGAAGCUGGUGGUGGCCUUGGGACUUACUGGAGAGAUCAUAGGCGCUAUUUGGAUCUGGGUCGCUUUUGCUAUCAUGGUGUCCGGGCUUUUAUCCGCACCGCUUAGCUCGUUUCUCAUGUCACAAUAUGGGCCCGAUAUACCCUAUCUCCUUGGAAUUCCGCUUGAAAUAUCAGGGUACCUGGUUCUUUAUCUUCUACUCAAUCCGGAGGAGUCGACCUUUGAUCCGGAUAGCAUUGAUGAGGGUGAAUGUGAAGCUCGGCCUAGCUUACCACCCAAGGCUCGGUUUGCCGGGGUGGCUCACAUGGAAGAAAUCUGCCUUUAUCUUCUUUCUCAACCUGCUCUACUUAUGCUUCUAUUUGCUCUUAUGGUGAAUAAUGUGACCCGUCAAAUAGAGGAACUUGUCGUUCAGUACACGAGAGUUCGCUAUGGCUGGACACUAGCCCAGAGCGGGUAUCUGUUGUCGUUGGUCGCUGCCGCACACAUCGUUUUAUCAUGUUCAGUCUUGCCAUGGGCUCAUCGGUCGCUAGUGGCACGAUAUGAAGAGAACGUGGCCAAGGCUGAUUUUGUGAUGGCAAAGGCAAGUACCUUCUUUCUGGUUUUAGGCCCACUGGUGAUGGGCCUUGCAAUCCAUCCAGUUGGGUUGAUUUUCGGUAACCAUCUUUCCUCAAAUCUACCCCGCUAUGCUAUGCAAGUGAUUUACUGA